CGUUGUCUAGCGGUGCGUCACCUUCACCCUCAUUGCUUACCCGUCCGGGACGCGACACGUGCACACUGUCCUGCCUACCCGGAGGAAGGUACCCUUAAGAAGGCUACCUGGACGCGCUUGGGAAAAUUCCUCCAUGAACACCCUCGAGAUCCGCCUGAUAUCCUAGUGACUUGGCGGGCCAUUAUGGCUGCUCUUGGCACCCUCUAUCCUAACUCUCCUUCUACUGAUUCCGCUGCUCCGCUCUCUUCUACUACGGAUGAAAAAGUCUCUCCACCUCCGUAUGAAUCUUCUUCUGUCUCUGUAGCUGCCUCUGCUCCCCCUGCAGACACAGCUCUUUCUCCUUCUGCAGCGUCUCCCCCCCCGCCGGAGGAUACAGACAUAGCUGCAGGCACUCUUUCUGCCUUGGUUGCCCUUUCUUCUCUUUCUCUAAGAACUGAACCCCCGAUAUCGGCUUACCCUUUAAACCUCAAUCCAGCGGGAGGGGGACAGCCGAUACACGAGAACAUCAAUGUACGGGUGCUUAAAAAUUUAAAAGCCGUUCCUUCAGUUCCUAUGCCUGCUCAUUCCUUUCCCUCCUCCUCCCUUUCCCCCCACUCUGAACCUUCAAAGCAUAUUGAGCUAGAAAGCGUAUUGUACCAAAUACCUGUUUCUUCCAUCCCAGUUUGGAGGGCAAUGGUAGUUAUCUCACAGAAAUCUCUUCCAGCAAAAUCUCAUUCCAAUCAAUCUCAAGAAACAGGAAUACCUGACAAGAACAUCUUGUUGUUUGUAACUUCUCGUUUGUCCUUGAUGGAGUUGGCCAUGCUCUUUAAAGCAGAUCUGUCUAACAUCAGUGCCCUUCAGUUAUGUGGGCCCCAGUUCUUGCACUUCUCAGUAAUGCUCAUUUUAGCUGGGGAAUUUUUGAAGAUGAAAGUCAAACAUCUGGAACGCAAUCAGGAGUGUGGGAUCCUUCUGUGGCUUGAAGGAUACCACUGGGGACUCAUGCUUGGAUUCUGA